CUCAACUACUACAAUUCUAGAGAUCGAGCACAAAAGCAUUGAAAUCGUGUAGGAGUGAUCGUUGGGUGGUGUUUGUCUUGUUUCCAUAGAACCAUUUCAAUUCGAGUCUAAACGACGUGUGACCCAAUUAAACCUCCCACCACUUCAUCGUUUCUACUCACUCCAACACAUUUAAGUCUAGCCAGCCUGAAAUAUAUAUUUAUAAUGACGACGUCGCCGGCGAGGGCCUCGUUUGGUUCCACACGAUCAAACUAUAGUUUAUCUGAUCAUGAUCACCAAAACCACCGCCAGGGCUUGGUCUGCGGUGCAAUGCUGCCUAUGUUUCUCAACGACCUUAAUCACAACAACCAAGACCUAGUUGAGGUCACACUAGAGAUCAACAACGACGACGAUGACAUUGUUGUGUGCAGCGUCGCGCCGGUGGGGAGCGGUACGUCGGAGGCGGAAGUGGAGGAGGAGUCGGGGGCAGGAGUGCUGGGAAGGAGCCUCUCCGCCACGUCAAGGAGCAUUCGCCGCACGUUUGGGUGGCUGCUCAGAUCAGCGUCUUCGAGGACCGCUGCGUCGUCCAACUCCGGCGAGCUCACGCUCCCGCCACGCGAGGCGAGGAGGCUGAAGGCGAAGCUUCAAAGGACGAGAUCGAGCGCGCAAAGAGCUCUUAAUGGCCUGAGGUUCAUCAGCAAGACCACCGGACCUUGCGACGCCGAGGAGCUGUGGAAGCUAGUGGAGGCAAGGUUCGAGUCACUGGCCGUCAACGGAUUGCUCGCCAGAGCAGACUUUGGUCAAUGCAUAGGGAUGGAGGACUCGGAGGAGUUUGCGGUGGGGAUAUUUGACACAUUGGCGAGGAGGCGGCGGAAGAAGAUUACAAAGGUCAGCAAAGAAGAACUACGUGAUUUUUGGUUACAAAUUUCGGACCAGAGCUUUGAUGCGCGCCUUCAAAUCUUCUUCGACAUGGCAGAUAGCAAUGAGGAUGGAAGAAUCACAAGGGAGGGAGUGCAAGAGCUUAUAAUGCUGAGUGCUUCUGCAAACAAGCUAUCAAAGCUGAAAGAACAAGCUGAAGAAUAUGCUUCAUUGAUAAUGGAAGAACUAGACCCCGAAAACUUUGGUUAUAUUGAGUUAUGGCAACUGGAAGCACUGCUUUUACAAAGAGACUUAUAUGUAGAUUAUAGCAGACCACUGAGCACAAUAAGUGUAGGUUGGAGUCAGAACCUGAGUUCCUUCAGGCCCAAGAAUCUGCUUCGGAGACUAAAUCGUUCACUUCACUGUCUCAUACUAGACAAUUGGCAACGCGGUUGGAUUAUAUUACUGUGGAUUGUUGCAAUGUCUUCACUUUUUGCCUGGAAAUUCUACCAGUACAAAAACAAAGCAGCAUUUGAAGUGAUUGGCUAUUGCUUGCCGGUUGCCAAAGGAGCCGCAGAAACUUUGAAGUUUAACAUGGCACUCAUUCUUUUGCCUGUUUGUCGUAACACACUGACAUGGCUUCGAUCAACACGAGCUAGGUCCUUCAUUCCCUUUGAUGACAACAUUAAUUUCCACAAGAUGAUUGCAUUUGCUAUAGCAAUUGGAGUAAUUGUUCAUGCUGGGAACCAUGUGGCAUGCGACUUUCCUCGUCUAGUAAACUCAUCUCCGGAAGAAUUUGCGCCAAUAUCCUCUUAUUUCCAUGGCAAAAAACCAACCUACGAAUUUUUAUUCACUGGACCAGAGGGCUUAACUGGAAUUCUGAUGGUGGUUUUUAUGAGCAUCUCAUUCACACUAGCAGCGGGUCACUUCCGGAGGAACAUGGUGAGGCUUCCUGCCCCCUUCAACAAACUGACCGGGUUUAAUGCAUUCUGGUAUUCUCAUCAUCUGCUCGGUCUGGUCUACGUUUUGCUAAUCAUCCAUGGAAGCUGUUUGUACUUUGUCCACAAGUGGUAUCAGAAAACGACAUGGAUGUACAUCUCUGUUCCAUUUCUACUGUAUGUAAUAGAGCGCAGUAUCCGAACAUUUAGAUCAAAACAUUAUUCAGUUAAGAUACUAAAGGCUUCAAUCAUGCCCGGAAAUGUUAUCAGCCUGAUAUUGUCCAAGCCACCUGGAUUUAAGUACAGAAGUGGGCAAUACAUAUUUCUACAAUGCCCAACAAUCUCCCCAUUUGAAUGGCACCCAUUUUCCAUCACCUCAGCACCUGGUGAUGAGCAUCUCAGUGUGCAUAUCCGGACAGUUGGAGACUGGACGAAAGAAUUGAAGCGAGCCAUAUCUGAAGGAGAUAAUUCAUUAUCUGGAAUUCAUCAAGCUAUUGUUGCUCAGCCACAUGAUACGGACCAAAGAAGACUAUUCAGCCAACCCAAAUUGUUUCUUGAUGGUCCGUAUGGGGCACCAGCACAGGACUACCGCAACUAUGAUGUUCUUCUCCUGGUAGGUCUUGCCAUUGGAGCUACCCCUUUUAUAAGCAUCCUUAAAGAUCUUCUCAACAGCACAAGAACAGCAGAUGAACAGACGGCUUCAAACACAGAAACUAGUCUAUCAGACAGCCUAAGUAGUUUUACAUCAUCAUGUUUGACACCGAAUGAAAAGAAGAAACCACAGAGGACUACAAAUGCUCAUUUCUAUUGGGUUACCAGAGAACCUGGCUCUUUUGAGUGGUUUAAAGGAGUCAUGGAUGAAGUGGCAGAAAUGGAUCACAAGGGGCAGAUUGAACUCCAUAACUACCUUACAAGUGUCUAUGAAGAGGGUGAUGCAAGGUCGACUCUAAUCACCAUGGUCCAAGCUCUCAACCAUGCCAAAAAUGGUGUUGACAUCUUAUCUGGCACCAGUGUAAUGACUCACUUUGCAAGACCUAACUGGAAAGAAGUGUUUACCAAGGUAGCUUCCAAGCAUCCAUUUUCGACAGUAGGGGUAUUCUACUGUGGGAUGCCUAUGUUAGCAAAAGAGCUGAAGAUGAUAUCACUUGAGCUCAGUCAGAAGACGUCGACACGGUUUGAAUUCCACAAGGAGUACUUUUAAAACUAGGAACUUACACAUAUAUGACACAGCUAUUCAUUUGUAAUCAUUCUGAUUAUCCAUAGAUGAAAGAAAAAAAAUCAUAUAUGUAUAAUGAUAGUAGCUCAGAAAGAUGUACAUGUACUUGUUUACGACAUAUAUACUGAAAUAUAGUCCAAUUUCAUAUAGAGUAUCAAUAAAGCAU